AUGGCGUCUAGAAGACGCCCAAUUGGAGUCAGUGCAGUCCAUCAGAAGAAGGAAUUGCAGGAGAAGUAUAAGGCGAAGGGUUCUGAGUUGGCUAGCCAACAGCUCAGUCAACUUUCGCAACAGCUCGCAACAUUUUCAAGCAAGUUAGAAGAUUUUGCUAGGAAGCACAGGGAUGAAAUACGGAAGAAUCCUCAAUUUCGACGUCAGUUCCAGGAGAUGUGUGCAUCUGCUGGAGUAGAUCCUCUUGCUUCAAGCAAGGGAUUUUGGGCGGAAAAACUAGGAUUUGGUGACUUUUAUUAUGUCUUAGCCGUGCAAAUAAUAGAAGUUUGUAUUUCGACAAACCACAUUAAUGGCGGUUUGAUGACUCUCGAUGAGCUCAAAAGUCGUUUAAUGCGAUCAAGGAAUUUUACAAAGAAGGAACCAAUUUCGACUGAUGAUAUUUUGCGUGCAGUUGAAAAGAUAAAAGUGCUUGGAAACGGUUUCGAGUUGAUUCCUUUUUUGGGAAGUGGGCGUUUUAUGAUACAAAGUGUGCCUGGUGAACUCAGCAUGGAUCACUCACGGGUCCUUCAACUUGCUGAGGACACUGCUUAUGUCACUAAGGAGCUAAUUGUGGACAGGCUGAGGUGGGAGGAACGACGAGUUGAUGCGGUUGUUGAACAUUUAGUCAAAGAGGGUAUUGCAUGGGUAGAUGAGCAAUCUACUGAUACUGUAUAUUAUUGGAUUCCUAGUCUAUUUUUGCAACAGUAUGGUCAGAUCAGCGGGUCAAAUAGUGGUUCGGAUAGUCUAGCUUCUGCAGCUGUAUCAUGA